UAGACCUAAUAAAAAUUAAAUUGUAUCAUGCUGACUGACACCAAAGCUACACAGUAUUUGGAAAAUCUAAAAGCAGAAUGACAUUAUUAGGGGGAAAAUUCUUAUUGUGCAUCUGUGUGCCCAGCCAGUAUCUGAAGUGGUAGUUAACUUACGAUCUAUGAUAAUUAUGUUGGAGUUUGUGGAGGUUAAUGGGCUUCUGCUGUCUGAAGGAACACUUUCAGUGAGAUACUUCUGGUUACACAGGGUUGAAGAGUCCUGCUAAAAGCCCUGCUUACAAGCCUGACUGGUACUCCGGGUGAGUCUUACUGGUGCACCUCUUACUCAAGUGUUUCAUGCCCUCAGAGGGAUUAUUGGUAGAAUGAGUUGAGUUUUAAGACUGCAAUGGAUUUCCCAUGUUGUCUCUUUUUGACAGAGAAACUGAGAGGUGACUGAUCUUGAACAAAACUUUGUACCCCUGGUAUCUCCUCUGUGCAGGCACUUCACGUGAAGGUGACUGAGUACAAGUGGAUGACUAGGCAGUGAGCUGGGAGCUUUUCCAUGUUUAUCCCUACAAUCUAAACUUCAGCAUUAUGAAAGAAGCCUCAUCUACAAAAGCUGUGUGGCAGCAUGGCUCACAGGAGAAUAAAAGGAGAUGGCCCUCUUAGCCUGCUCUAUGUUGUAGAGAGCAAAGUCUUCGAUGCCCUUCCUUGCCAGACAUUUUAUCUUUCUUUUGGCUGCUGGUUCUCCUCAUCGUUGCACGGUUUGUAAUACAGCUGUCAUGGUCUGCUGCUAUGAUAGAUGGCAGCAGUAGAUCUUUGUGCCUCUGUACUUAGAUAAUCACUUGAGAAUGUGGAUAGAAAGGAGGCAAGAGGUGUGUUGUGCCUGCUCUGUGUACGUUCGCAGCAGGAGUCCUGACUUUGCUGUGUCUGGCUGGAUGAGCAGGACCAGGAAGGAGCAGCUUGAAGGGGUGGCUGCUGCAACUAGAGCUGAGGGGUAUUACACAAUGUAUAGGGGAAGGGUGUGAAGAGCAGUGGUGGUGUGGGCCCUGCAGUUUCCACUCCUGAAUGAAGUCCUGCCUGUAGUGUCUGUACUUUUUAAGGCCUUGCCUUCAGUGAUCACAGCAAUGGUAGGUGUAAAGGAAGCCCUGAAUGCAUAUGCAAGAGCAAUUGUGGUCUCCGUGUGCUUGUGCAAGGCAUUUUACGAACAUAAGAUUAAAUAAAAACAGGGGUUGGCCAGUUCUGUUUCCCUGUAUGUGUAUUUAUUGUUUAGAAGUUAAGCCUAUGAAUUUCCUUCUUUUGCUGAGUAACUUUUUUUGAGUUCUGCAGAACAGCUCUGACUUUCCAUCUGACACUGAAAAUUUAAUCAUUGUGCAAAAGAAACAUGCUGUGUUAGUGUAUUUUACUAGAGCUGAAUUGAUGGUAGUUGCUUUUCUACUUAAAAUAGCCUCUGCACACAGCUGUGCACCUAGGAAGCUGGAGCAUCAUUUUGGGGAUUACAUGUGACAUUUUGUCUUUGCAAGAAUGACGUAUCAUAAAUGAAACUGGAGCUGGACUUCAUUUCUCCACAUUGUUUGGUUACCUGCUAAUAACUCCCAUGAUUGCUAAUGUUUCUCAGGGUUAAAAAUGACCAUGGAAUCUAUCAGAAGCUGUAAAAGCAAAGGGAAUCUGUCUUACUGGAAAGUAAGAUCUGAAUCUCCCCAACUCCGCAGCGGCUCUGAUCCAUCUCAACUUACUGACCCCAGCAUAAGAAGCAGUUUGUUCUUUUCUGCGUAACACAGUAUUGUCAGGCUGCCCAGAACAUGAAGGUGUAACUUGUCACUUAAAAAAAAAAUACAAGCUUCCUCAGCUGCUGAAGUUAGUGUGUGUCUCCUUAAACUGAAAGGGAGCAUCUUUGAGCUGGAGAGUGGCCUGUGAUGAAGGCACAUUGGGUAAUUCUUGGGCAGUUCCUGUGCAGGGCUAAGAGUUGGACUUGAUGCUCCUUGUAGGUCCCUUCCAACUCACAAUAUUCUGUUCAGAAAUGUUACUUCUGUAUAGGUUGCACUGCUGUCUGCUUCAAACUUUAUUUUUAGCAAAAUUUUAUUGGCUUGAUGUGUAGGAAAAAUAAAGACAACAUAUUAGUAAAAUAAUUGCCAUACCAGUGCAGCCUGUUGCUCCAAAGAAAGGUUUUCUGAUUAAAGGUCCGGUGCUGUCUCUCAAGGAUGUACAGAUGUGUUUCCCCUUCAUUAGGUUAGUAGACACAUAAGGGAAAUGUUAAAAGAGCCACUAUUAUUACAAAUUACUGUGUCCAGACACGAGCAGUUACAAAAUUCACCUUGCUGCUAUCUACUGCCCUAGCAUUGCUGGACUGUCACUUGACAAAAGCAAGUUGCUCUUUCCCUCCCCUGGCCUGUUGACUUGAAAGAACUUGCUGUAACUAUUCAGUGCCUUGCUUGUCUUAGAGGCCUCCAGAGGGGGAAAAAAAUUACUUUUUGAUGUUCAGAGCUAGAAACCUCUUUACUCUCUUGGUCUGUGAGAGGUGAAAAUAAGAAAUAGUAAAAAAUAAAUAAAGGGUGAAAAUCUGUCUCAUGGCAGGUCGCUGCUGUUAGAUCUUUGCAUUGUUGGUGCAGUACAACAGCAGGGGCACUGGAUCAUUACAUGGGAACUCUGUGGCUUUUCACUGGAGAUUUAUACAGUUAAGUGAGGCCAUAGAGCCCAGAAUAAUUUUUACCCUUUGUGCAACAUAAUUUGAGGGAAAAUUUUCCUUCUCCUGGUUAUGAGUAGUAUUUCCUUCUUGGUGCUGUGUACAGAAUGGCCUCUAUGGCAUUCAUGCUUCUCUUCUGCAAUGCAGUAUUAUAUUCAAGAGUUAGAGCUCAGGUGAGAGGGAGGCAAUAUCUGCUGUUCUCUUCUCCAUACUCUGCCUUAAUGUCACUUUGAAAUGGGACAUGUCCUGCUGCUUGGGGUGUGUCCUGUCUGAGACUAAAAGGUUGGUCAAAGCCAGGGUGAGAGGAAGUAACAAAUCAUGGAGUUUGCUGGCUCUCUCAUCUAUUGAUCCACUGUGACUUUUAUCAGGGACCUGCAUCUCUAAUUUCUCUAAUUCUGAAUGCAGCCUGUGAGCCUGAGGCGCGAUGUCUGCAUCUCCUCUCUUUAAGAUGCUCUGCGCGUGCCUCUGACUGUACAAAGCUAAGUGAGCCCAUGUCCUGUGGUGUGACCUGGCCUAUAGCACAUCCCAGGUUUCUGACUGGGGAUGGGGAAGGACCAUGUGUCUGCCCCGUGUUUCUUCGGUACAACUCCAUUGGGAAGGGCUGACAUCCAACAAUUACAGCAUCAAAAUCUAUUCCACGUGGAAUGGCACAGGUUAAAUCAGAGCAGAUACCUCAGCAUAUAUGGCAUACAUGCCUUACAGCAUAUACGUGUCUGUAUUGGCUAUAGGAUAUUCCAAACCCUCAGAUGGUUUAGCAGCUGGGAUUCUUCCCUGAAUUCUAAUCCUGGAGGGGAGGCAGGAUGCAGUAAAGGACAAUAUGAGGCUAAACUGCUUUCCUGUGGGCAUUGCAAAAGACAGGUUCUUUUGGAGAACUGUGUAUCUGUACAGGAAGAAGGGGUUUCAAGAGAAAAACAAGGACAGAGGGAACCAGAUAAAAAAGCUUGUUGUGGGAGUACUAAGCAGGAGAUGAAUAUGGACCUGAGCUGUGUGCCACAUUCCUAUGUGUCUGUUUUGGGGUCAAGAAGGAGCUGGUACCUAAGAGGCAGGGCAGAGGCUGUUCUUGCCACCUCUCCAAGAUGCAGCAAAGCAUGAAGGCAGGCAGAAUUUUAUGCUCUAACUUUGAUCAGCAAUGGCCCUUUAAGGCAGAGCAAGGCGUGCGUUAUGGACACUGCCCAGUCCAAACCCAGCAGCCACGUGAACUCUCCCCAGGUGGGUAGUGCCAGGCUGGCACAGCAAGGCCCCCUCACCCUCCCCGAGGACAGAGGGAAUCUGAUUGAACUUGCUGGCUCCCACUCACUCUGCCCCAAUUUUCAUCAGGACAAAUGAGAAGAACCUGUCUCCAAGUGCAAGGUUUUGGGAAUAUGUGUCAGAGAUGCUUGUCAGUAAAACAUCCGUCUUGCCCUAAUUUCUGCAUGGAGUGCUGCAAUGUCGAGUGAAAUAACCUUCCAAGCUGGCUCUGGUGCAGAGGUAUUUUGGCUUAUGUUAUUGCUGAGAGCUUUCUUUCUGAUGAGCUCUUUCUGCCUCUCUGUGUUUCUGAUGUCUGACUCUCUUCACUCUUCUUUUUCCCUUGGGCUGGGAUGUGUGCUGUUUGCAAUGCAUCAGGAAGUAAUACGCAAUGAGAAAACUCUCAUCAUCUGUGCAUCAGGAAGAGAAUUACUGACUGAGUGCUGAGCAGUCAAGUUAUUGAUUCAAACCAAAGCCCAGUCUCUCUGUCUGCUGGGCUGGUUACAUCCUGCUGGUUCAUUGCAUUUAAUCGGAUUCCCUGAGCUGCCACGCAGAGGGGGUGAGUUAGAACCAGAUCCAUCUAUAAUGUUCGCUUCAAAAUCCAGUUCUGUCUCCCCUUCUCCGUCCAUGGAGCAGGCAGAUUCGGAUGCUCUGGACAUCAGCACCAAAGUGCAGCUGUACGGUGUGCUCUGGAAGAGACCCUUUGGGAGGCAGUCAGCCAAAUGGUCCAGGAGGUUCUUCAUCAUUAAGGAAAGCUUCCUGCUGUACUAUGCUGAGAGUGAGAAGAAGAGUUUUGAAAGCAAUAAAUACUUCAAUAUCCAUCCCAAGGGUGUUAUACCCCUGGGAGGCUGCAUUGUGGAGCCUAAAGAAGAGGCCAACAUGCCUUAUGCCAUAAAGAUCUCUCAUGAAGACUUCCAUGGGAACAUUGUUCUAGCAGCUGAAUCAGAGUUUGAGCAGGCUCAGUGGCUGGAGAUGCUACAGGAGUCUGGAAAAGUGACCUGGAAGAAUGCCCAACUGGGAGAAGCCAUGAUCGAGAGCCUGGAAGCUCAAGGACUACAGCUGGCCAAGGAGAAACAGGAAUAUUUAGAUAAACUUAUGGAAGAAACGGAGGAGCUAUGUCUGCAGAGGGAGCAAAAAGAGGAACUUGAACGUCUGAACCAGAUCCUGGAAGCAGAGAAGCAGCGUUUUGAAGAGGUGGUGCGGGAGCUGCGGCUGGAGCAGGAGGAGAUCCGACGGGAGCUGGAGCUCACAGCCCGCUCUCUUAAAGGAGUGGAGGAAGAGAAGAAAGAGUUGCGAAGCCUGACAGAGUCCCUACAGAACACCCUGGAGGAGCUCUCCCUGGAAAAACAACAAAUGCUGGAGAUGCUGGAAGAAAAUGAAAGCCAGGUCCCACCUCCAACCAGCCCCAGCAAGGAGCAAAGCCCGAUAUGGGGACUGCACUGCAGCCUGCGACAGAUUGAAGAGAAGAUGCAGCAACUUCUGCAGGAGAAACUCCUGGCAGAGAAAAGGAUGAAGGAGAAUGAGGAGCGGUCUCGAGCACUGGAGGAGGAGCGGGAGUUUUACUCUUCCCAGUCGCAAGCGCUGCAGAACUCGCUCUCGGAGCUGACUGCAGAGAAACAGCAGGCAGAGAGAGACCUCAAGGCUGAAGUGAAGGUACGCAUGGAUCUGGAGAAGAGACUGAGAGAGGCUGAGGAAGCCUUGCAGAGCUUGGAGCAAGGCUUAAAUUCUCUGAAUUGCAACAAGGAGAAAGAGAAGAAGAUGAAAGCAGAUGUCAGCAACUUGAGAAAGUUCUUUGAAGAGUGCAUCCGCAACGCUGAGCUGGAGGCCAAGAUGCCUGUGAUCAUGAAGAACUCUGUGUACAUCCACAAGGCUGCCACUCGCCGCAUAAAGAGCUGCCGCUUCCGCUGCCGGAGAACCAGCGCUUCCUGGAAUGACAGUAGUGAAACAGUCACAGUCCUUCAUCUUCUCACCUGCAGAAGCUGAAAACAUUGAAGAGCUGAAAGAAGCAGCCAAAAGACUGAGCCGGGACCAGCGCUUUAGGAAAACUAUCUAUCAAAUCAUGAGGUCACAAAAGGAUUCUGCUUCAGGGGACAAAAAGUGACUCUUCCUGGGAGGGGGCUUCUGAGAUCAACCUGCCAUUCAGCUCCGCAAAAGUUACAGCCUUGGGCACUAAGCUCAGAAGGGAGAUCUGGCAUUUGUUGGGGAAGGUGGGGGGAGAGUUGUGUGUGGGCAGUCACUUCAGUUAUUGGCUUUGCUUUAGUUUGAAUGCUCCCUGCAGCCUGGCAGACCUUCUCUGCUGAUCACUCCAGACCUGUUUGCUUCAGCUGCUUACAUUAAGCCAUGUUUGGCCAAGAUGCCACAGUCGGUGUUAAAGCGACCCAGAGACCGUAGCUUAGGAAGUGCCUCUCCUUUCCUUCCCUGUCUCAUAUGUCUGCCAAACACAAGUGCUUCUGAGGAAACCUUUAGCAGCCGAUGUUCCAGCUAGUGUAAUCUCCUCAGCUGAACACAGCUCACCCUGUUCUACCUGAUCCCCUCUAGGAGCUGGCUCGCUGCACACCCUCAGUCAAUCAGCACUUCGGUGGGGCGCAUUUCCUCAAGACUGCAGCAGUCCCAGCCUCCCAAGCACAGGCAAAGUAUCAAACACAGGGCCAAACUUUUUGUCUUGAUGCUACAUCAUUUCAAGCAAACAGCAGCAACACAAGGUGAAGACAACAGGAGGAUGCUGUGGAUUUGUGUCCAAAGAGGAUCAUGUACAGAGAAGAGCUUAUAGGUAACUCAGUGGCAUUGAUGCAAGCUGGAGGGAGGGUUCUGUUGUGUUGAUGGUGGGCAGAACAUUCCAGGGCCACCUUUGCACAUUUUCUGCACUGGAACAUCUAGCUGUGUCAGAACAGGGGAAUAUGUGCUAGGGAAGGUGUUAGUUAUUGGCUAUCUAUUCCUCAGUGUGAAGAAGCCUUUGGCUGAGUUUUGAUGGCUUCCUCAACACCUCUGUGAGGUGAGUUGGAGGGCAGAAGAGUGAGGACUGUCCAGCAACGAAACCCACUGCCACUUCAGGCAAGCUGUAAGGGUUGUGGAAGAGGAGUCCAGGAGAGGAGUCACUUUGUUGUGGAACCCCUUGCAGCCUCCCUCACCUACUUUAGGCAAGCAGUUGGCUGAUAAUUACCCAUGCUGUAGAAGCAGCACUGCCUGGUGCUUACAGACUGCAGGAUAAGCACGCUCAGAGUGAUGGCCUGCUUUCUCCUGUGUAUUAAUUGGGAUAUAAAGAAAUAGACAAUACAAAAGUGAAUAAAGUAAGCAGCAGAAGUACAGUUAGGGGUUAGGGAGUGGUAAAGUGCAGAUUUACUUUACCUUUCAUGGCAUUAGGACCCCUGGGUAUUAUGUAUGUCCAGUGACACACAGGUAGUUGCUUCCUACUGUCCCACUCAGACUGUGACAGUGUCCACUCACAGCCUUUGGCUUCUGGCCACCUACAUAAUUUCCUACCAAUUUAGUGUUGUUCCUAGGGAGAAGUCAAGGAUGAGGCUGGGAAGCAAGUCUUGGCUUACCAGCCAGAGGAGAGUGGUUAAAGCUGGGUGGAGGAACAUUCUGUGUGAUGCUCCUGAAUGGACUCACUCUAGUGUGACCAGAGGAAAAGCUUUGAAAGUACAGCUUGUACUUCCCAUUUCAGUCAGUGCCUGACGAGUAUCCUUCUGCCGGGCAUUGGGAGGUUUCAUCCAAUCAGAGCAUCCAGCUCUGAAGUAGGAUGUUUUUGUGAUAAUAGGUGAUACAGUAGGAGAAGAUUGUUUCCAUCCUUCCUUAACAUACCUGAUCCUUCUGUGGUUUAUCUGCUUGAGUUUAUAUGCCAGAAAGCCACAAAUGAAUUCUUGCUUCUACAAGGCUGAAGGGUUGUGAUAAAGCAAUACAGAAAUGUUUUUUUCCUUUAUGCUGCUCCCAAAUCAUCUCUGGCUAUUUUCCAGUUACAAGGUCUAUGUUAGGUGAUGCUGGAAGGGACAGAAAAAAAGGAUAGCUAGAGAAUACAUCUGUAAUUCAGGCAGUUAGAAAAAUCACCCUAUGGCCUGUGAAUACAGCAUUUUUCUUCUAUUACCACCAAAGCCACAAUAUCUGACUCUCCAGAAGUAUUGUAUGCAGGAGGUAGCCACAUCAGGUCUUCCUUUACUGUGCAUAUUGACAGCAAUAAGUAAAUAAAAGUUAUGCUGACA